CAUUUUUCCUUCAAAAAUGGGUUCUUCAAAUUAUUUUGUUUUAGCUUUCCUCGUUGCAUUCUCAUUUUCAUGCAUCCAGUUUAGCAUGGCAGCUCGCCGUCUCCAGCAGAUCAACAUAAUACCUUCUCCACUCCCAAGACUUCCGCCAUUACCUUUUCCAGUCAUUCCACCAUUACCAUCUUUGCUUCCUCCAAUCCCAAGACUUCCGCCAUUACCUUUGCCAGUCAUUCCACCAUUACCAUCUUUGCUUCCUCCACUCCCAAGACUUCCGCCAUUACCUUUGCCAGUCAUUCCACCAUUACCAUCUUUGCUUCCUCCACUCCCAAGACUUCCGCCAUUACCUUUGCCAGUCAUUCCACCAUUACCAUCUUUUCUUCCUCCAUUCCCAAGACCUCCGCCAGUCAUAAUUCCUCCAAUACUGCCAAUAACUUGAACCUUUCCCCCGUUUCGUGCGCUUCUCAUGAUGGGCUCUGCCGCCUUUUUCUACUUGUUAGUCUUGUUUGAGUCGUACGUGUGUUGCUUAGAUGUUAAGUUAUGAUUAGUAAUAAAAAAAACAGAGAAGCUACCUUCUUUGCGUCCGAUACCAUCUUCACCUACACUGCCACCACUUCCGCCGUUAACAUCUCUGCCAAUACUUUCCUCCGUUUCGGGCGCUUGUUAUGAUGGGCUCUGCUGCUUUUCUCUACCUUUCAGUCUUUCUUGUUUGAGUCGUGUGUUGCUUACAAGUCAAGUUAUGAUUAAUAAUAAAA